AAACUCCCGCACGCCUGCGACGAAUGCAAACGCCGCAAAAUGAAAUGUGACGCCCUCCAUCCCCGCUGUUCGACCUGCUCUCACUAUUCUCGCCGAUGUACGUAUUCUGCGCCGCCGAAGCGGAGCCCGGUUACGAGAAAGUAUAUCAGUUGGUUAGAGGCCAAACUAGCGGCAAUGAGGGCG